AUGGAUGGUACAAUCUCUGGUAUUGGAUGGUUUUUGAGAGAUCAUAAAGGUAUGGUUCAGUGGAUUGGAGCAAAAACGUACCCUAGGAUGAAAAUAGUGCCAGCCACGGAAACAGAGGCCCUCAGAUGGGCUUUAAUAAUGAUCAACUCUCUUGGAGAGGGAAAUGGAGUGGUUGAUCGGAUAGCAAAGGAGGCUCUCACAUACGAGAGUUGUAUUCCCAAGCUCGUGUCAAACUGGGUGAAAACUCUUGUUGAUUUGGAGCAAUUUGUGUAA